AGGCUGGGUGCGGCGUGCGGCUGGCGCGAAGCGCGAAGCGCGCCAAGACCAGGACUGCGAUCCGGCGCUCGCGCCGCCACAGUGAACUAGACAGUGAACCAGAGCGCCUCUCCCAACACUCCUGGUGGCCGUGCCUGCCGUGCCGGCCGCGCGCGUCAACAGCCAUGCCACGAAAGUCCCCACAAGAUGGCGGUGACCGUUCGGACGACGAACAGUCAAGACAAACAGAGAUUCUUCUGCAAGAAAGGAAACCACCAGGAUUAGUAAGACAGGAAUCCAGAAACGGCAAUGACCGCGCAGCAGACGCUGGGACUCCUGUCAAGCACCCCACAUCAUACAUCGAGACACUCAUCCACCAUGUCAAAGCGAAUACGGGUGCGGGCUUCUUCGCGAUGGGGGAAGCCAUCAAAAACUCCGGUCUCAUUUUGGGACCGGCCCUUUUAGCAGUCCUGAGCACGGUGUGCGUCUUCGCGCAGCACCAACUGAUGCACGCGUCGGCGGUGGCGGCCGAGCGACUGCGGCUGCCCGUGCACCCCGACUUCGCGGCCACCACGCAGUACAGCUUCGAGGCCGGCCCGGGGGCGUUCCCUCGCUGGGCAGUGACCGCGCGCAAGGCCGUCAACGCCUGCCUCGUCCUCACCCAGCUCGGCUUCUGCACAGUGUACUUCGUCUUCAUCGCCUCCAACAUGAAACAGGUCCUGGACCAAUACAUCGUGGCCAUCGACGUGCACAUCUACAUGGCCCUGUGCCUCGCCCCCAUCCUGCUGGAGUGCUCCGUCCGGACCCUCAAGUACUUGGUGCCCGUGUCCGUCGUCUCCAACGUCUUCAUGUACUCGGGCGUCCUCGUCACCCUGUACAUCUGCAGCCGUGACGGCUUCCCCGAGCUGUCGGAACGCACCCUGGCCGCGGAGUGGAGCCGACUGCCGCUCUUCUUCGGCACGGCGCUCUACUGCUUCGAGGCGAUAGCCAUGACGAUGCCGCUGCGCAACGAGAUGCGCCACCCCGAGGACUUCUCGCGGCCGCUGGGCGUGCUCAACGUGUCCUCGGCCUUCAUCACGGCCCAGAUCGCCGUCAUCGGCUGCGUCAGCUACGCCAAGUACGGCGAGGACAUCCGCGCCCUCAUCCCCCUCAACUUCGAGCAGACGGACAUCCUCUGCCAGGUCGUGGUGGUCGUCAUCUGCGUGGGCAUCCUGCUGUCGUACCCGAUCCAGGCCUACGUCCCGGUGGAGAUCCUCUGGCCGCACGUGGAGAGGCGCUUCCGGCCCCUCAAGCACCCCGUGGCGGCGGAGCUGGCCUUCCGGUCGGGGCUCGUGCUGUUCACCUUCCUGCUGGCGGAGUCCAUCCCGCGCCUCGGCCUCUUCAUCUCGCUGAUGGGGUCCGUGUCGUCCACGCUGCUGGCGCUCAUCUUCCCGCCGCUGCUGGACUGGGCGUGCCGCUGGCGGCGCGGCCUGCCCGUGUGGCGCCACCUCGCCAACGCCGCCACGCUCGCCGUCGGCGUCCUGGGCUGCGGCUGGGGCUCCUACGUCGCGCUCAACGACAUCAUCGUGGCCUUCGGCAACGUCACCGUGGCCUGAGGGGCCUCAGGGUCCUGGGAGUCUUGAGGGACCUGGGAUUCCUGGGGAUCCUGAUGGUCCUGAGGAUUCUGAGGGUCCUGAGGAUCCUCAGGGUCCUGGGGAUCCUGAGGAUCUUGAGGGUCCUGAGGGUCCUCAGGGUGCUGGGGAUCCUGAGGAUCUUGAGGGUCCUGGACAUCCUGAGGGUCCUGGAGAUCCUGACGAUCCUGAGGACCCUGAGGAUCCUGAAGAUCCUGAGGGUGUCCAGGAUACGACCGCCACCGCGACGGCCUCCUCCACGAUGUGACAACGAACACAGUUGUUCGUCGAUUGUGACCGUUACCUGUGGACAAACUGCACGUGGUCACAUAAAAUCGCGCGAGGUCGCGCCAUAGAACAGACAUUCCUCAACGGGACGGACGAGCGAGGCCCAGAAAGGUGACUGUACCGAGGGUCUGGUCACUGUCCUGACGAAGAAAACUGGCCCAACCGUGAACCAGCAUAAACAAAAAAGCAACAACAACGACAAAAAAAAACAGGUUUUGCGUGUAAGAAGUGGUGUGUUUUAUUCCACAAUGAUGAACCACAACACAUGUUUGACAGCAGAAUGGUGGCAAAGUAUGAUUGUUUAAUGAUUUAUCUGAAAUUUGGGGCGUGUAUUGAAAGAAAACCGUCAGGCGUAAAGUGAACAAAUGGAAUUAUGCUGUUUACGUUCAUCUCGUGUAAGUGUUGAGUGGGUUUUGUGCUCUGGAGCAGUGAUUUGUGGACAAAGAAAACAAAGAAAAGUUUUGGGUCGAUGUCUCGGUUGAUAUGCGGAUAAAGAAAUUAUUUUCUUAAA